UAGUGGUUACCUUGGACAUCGCCAUGACAACGUAAAUAGACCAUUUUCUUUGUUUAUGUUGGAUCUCAGAACUUUAAAAAGAGCAAAAUCAAAUUAUUUACACCAGAGCUACAUUUCAAACUCAAAGAUUAAACAUGUCCGACACAGCAGUACAACAGCAACAGAAUGGUGAAUUUGGUCCUGGUGGGGUACCUAAAGGUGCUCAAACACAUGAAUUUUAUAGAAUAAAAGAAGUACCUUCAAGAUUUGACAACCCAGAAUGGUUUCAAGGUUAUGGGGGAAAGAAACAACAUCCUAUGUAUAGAACAACAUCAGCUACAUAUGGUUCAAGAGCUCCAUCAGUCCAUACCAUGCCAACAACAUUUCAUGCCAAAUCACAACAAUUCUCAGAAACAUUAGGAAAAUGUGGAAUGUACAGAAAUCACUCACUUAAUACUGGAAUGGAUCAAAGCAAUGUGUGAUGGCAUUUUAAAGACAAUUAAUCUUGAACAAUAAUAUCCAGUCAUUACACCCUCUGUCUUUAUUAACAAAAGUUCUGUGAAAUUUGCAGUUCGAAAUAAUCUUCUUGUAACAAAAUAAUAUUUAAAAUAAUUUAAAAAACAAAACCUUUGCUACAGCUUUGGUUCUUUUUAUUUUGACUAUUUUAAGUAAUUGUAAUUAUAUCUAGUUUAUGUUUUCAUCACCAUUUUACAUAUACAUAGAAAAAACUGGCACCAACUUAAGUUAUCAUUAUCACUUUUAUGUAAAUAAUAUUGAAAUGAAUAAAUUAUUAAAAGUU